UGAGGCGGCGGCGCGGUUGGGAGCACGGCGGGCCCGCCCUGCGGGACACCUUCCCCGAGAACCCGGGAUCGCCGACUCCACGCCCUCCUGCUGGGACUGUGCACCGGGGGCGAGCAGGCGAGCGGUGGCCGCGAUGUUCAGCUGGCUGCGCUCCGACGACCGCCGGAGGAAGGACCCCGAGGUCUUCCAGACCGUGAGCGAUGGGCUCAAGAAACUCUACAGGACAAAGCUGCUGCCCCUGGAAGAGCACUAUCGCUUCCACGAGUUUCACUCUCCCGCCCUGGAGGACGCCGAUUUCGACAACAAGCCCAUGGUGCUGCUGGUGGGCCAGUACUCCACAGGGAAGACCACCUUCAUCAGGUAUCUCCUGGAACAGGAUUUCCCGGGCAUGAGGAUUGGGCCGGAGCCAACCACUGACUCCUUCAUUUCGGUGAUGCACGGCGAGGUGGAGGGCAUCAUCCCCGGGAACGCCCUGGUGGUGGAUCCUAAGAAACCUUUUCGGAAACUGAAUGCCUUUGGCAAUGCCUUCUUGAACAGGUUUGUGUGUGCCCAGCUGCCCAACCCUGUGCUAGAAAGCAUCAGCGUCAUUGACACACCAGGCAUCCUCUCCGGGGAGAAGCAGAGGAUCAGCAGAGGGUACGACUUCGCUGCCGUCCUCGAGUGGUUCGCCGAGCGGGUGGACCGCAUCAUCCUGCUUUUUGACGCCCACAAGCUGGACAUCUCCGAUGAGUUCUCAGAAGUCAUCAAAGCCCUCAAGAACCACGAGGACAAGAUGCGAGUGGUGCUGAACAAGGCUGACCAGAUCGAGACGCAGCAGCUGAUGCGGGUGUACGGGGCCCUCAUGUGGUCCCUGGGCAAGAUCGUCAACACGCCGGAGGUGAUCCGGGUCUACAUCGGCUCCUUCUGGUCCCACCCGCUUCUCAUCCCAGAUAACCGGAAGCUCUUUGAGGCUGAGGAACAGGACCUGUUCAGAGACAUCCAGAGUCUGCCCCGAAAUGCUGCCCUGCGCAAGCUGAAUGACCUCAUCAAGAGAGCCAGGCUGGCCAAGGUUCACGCCUACAUCAUCAGCUCUCUGAAGAAGGAGAUGCCCUCCAUGUUCGGAAAGGACAACAAGAAGAAGGAGCUGGUGAACAAUCUGGCCGAGAUAUAUGGCCAGAUUGAGCGGGAGCACCAGAUCUCACCUGGGGACUUCCCCAACCUGAAGAGGAUGCAGGACCAGCUACAAGCCCAGGAUUUUAGCAAAUUCCAGCCCCUGAAAAGCAAGCUGCUGGAGGUGGUGGAUGACAUGCUGGCUCAUGACAUUGCCCAGCUCAUGGUGUUGGUGCGCCAGGAAGAAUCCCAGCAACCCGCCCAGAUAGUGAAGGGCGGAGCGUUCGAGGGCACCCUCCAUGGCCCCUUCGGGCACGGCUAUGGGGAGGGGGCCGGGGAGGGCAUCGAUGAUGCUGAGUGGGUGGUGGCCAGGGACAAGCCCAUGUACGAUGAGAUCUUCUACACCCUGUCACCGGUGGAUGGCAAGAUCACGGGCGCCAAUGCCAAGAAGGAGAUGGUGCGCUCCAAGCUGCCCAACAGCGUGCUGGGCAAGAUCUGGAAGCUGGCCGACAUUGACAAGGAUGGCAUGCUGGAUGAUGAGGAGUUCGCACUGGCCAACCACCUCAUCAAGGUCAAGCUGGAGGGGCAUGAGCUGCCCAAUGAGCUGCCCGCCCACCUUGUACCCCCCUCCAAAAGGAAGGCCGCUGAGUGAUGGAAGGCGGGGAGGUCCAGAGCAGGCAGGUGUUAGAGGAGAUGGGAGAGGCGAUCUCACACACACACACACACACACACACACACAGAUGCUGAGACCGGCACUGCAAAUAGGAGGGAACAAGGAUCCCCAGGUUUCCAGGAUACAUCUCCAAGUGCUCAGAAUUAGCUGAAGCACAGAAGCACCCAGAGUCCCAGGAGUCACACCUUAAUCUCCAUCCCUCUUUCCCUCCUUGGUCCCACUGCCUGGAAACGCACCUUCUCCUGUGGAGGCAGUUUACUUGGCCACAGAUGGCCCACCCACCUCCAGAUUCCCCUUACCCAGAGCAGAUGGAAAGGCUUUUCACUUAAUAGACAAUCCACUUUUUUCUAUGCUUUAUCCCCACCUCUUUGACUUGCUAACAUGAAAUCUGCUCUGGGGCCAGGAGAUGGGAAGGGAGGGGGGCUUCUGCAGGGAGGGGCGUGAAGGGGGAAGCGUCCUCAGGGAACCAGGCCCCAGACUUGAAGAGACGUAGCUGCAGCCAUGAGCCCUUUUCUUUCCCAUGCUGAGGCUCUGACUGCCUCAGCAGACCUGGCUUUAAACUUGCUUGCACUUCCUUUCAAAGAAUCCCGGAACCAGAAAGAGAAGGGGAAAACUUGGCAGCAAAGAAAGCAAAGAAACUGUCCUGUCAUCCGUUGCUCUUGUAGCCAGUCAACGGUGCUUUUAUUCCACAGGUUUUGUGAGAUUCCUGUUUUUCCCCACCUGGCCUCUGUGUGGAUGCUUGUAUUUGACACAUUUAUCCACCCCUUCUGCGUGCCAGGAGCUGCGUCAGGCGCUUCAUAUACCUUAUUCCAAGUUGUCCUUACCCACUCUCCAAGGAAGUCUGUGUCAGCCCCUCCCAUUUGGGCCUGAGACUCAGUAGAGUUCAGGGGACCCUCCCAGGUCACACAGCUCACAUGUGAUGGAGCUAGGGCCACAGACUCUGCCCUCUGCUGUGAUGAUGCACAGGAUCCCUGUGCUUCUGGCUAAUGACAAGCUGUGAAGGGUUAGCUGAGCACACAGGCCCCUCACGGGCUCCCAGAGAAGGCUAGCAAGGGAGCAGGGCCAGCCAGCAUUUGGUGGGCCAUCAGUCUGGCCAUCUGUCACAGCACAGAAGCAAACCGUGCCUUCUGGCGAUGCGCCCCAUGUUCCCAACCUCGCAGAAGCCCAACAGCAGCAGCGGGAAUGUGAGCUGGCCUGUUGGGUGCUGUUUGCCUCUGACUCUGCUCCGCCUCCCACCCCGCAGCCUGAAUCAUCCCCGCUCAAAUGCAGCCUCCAACUCUUCUCCAGUGGGACCUCCUGCUGACUGUCCUGAAGGCCAGUUCAAGAGGUCUGAGGCUGUGUUCCCUGCAGGACCCACGACUGCAGUGUCUGGCAAAUCCCCACCAUCCUCGAUGCCCUACAGCCGCCCUUAUGAUCUCUCCCUUGGCUUGCUUUGUGGCCACGGAACCAGUCACUUUGUAUGCUAUGCUCCUACUGUGAUGGAAAAGAAAAACAAGUAUAAGUUAUUUUGUAUCUAUGUUCAGACUAUAUAGAGAAUAUUCUAUGUAUCUACAAUGUGCUUACUACUGCAGUGCAUUUGUCAUUAGUAUUCAUGUUAAUAUAGCACAUUUAUCCUUUGGUA